UGGGGUGACCACCGAGAGAAGGUGGGGUGGGAUUGCAGAAAGACCAUCCGAAGCCCGAUCUCGGAAUUUCUGUUCGCAGCCUCUUAGGCCGGGGACAGGGCUGGAAUAGCCCAGGUCGGCCUGGACGGGCCUCGCCUUCCAAGAGUCUGCGCUGAUUGGCGGCGGUGGGAUCUCGAGGAGCCAAUCAGAAGUCAGGACUCUCGGUCCCGGACGAGGGGCGGACCCAGGAGCUGCGAGUCAGGCGAGACCUCCGAGCUAGAGCGGAGGACUGCGGCUACAGUCCCGGGCUGCUGGAGAGCGGGAGUCACCUCAGGACCUCGGGUCGUUGCGGAAAUAAUGUCAAGUGGAGGUGGUCAGCAAUCACAGGCUCUUACCAAACCCACUUUCAGUGAGGUACAAGCCUCUGCAUUAGUGGAAUCGGUAUUUGGAUUAAAAGUUUCCAAGAUCAAGCCACUUCCUAGCUAUGAUGACCAAAACUUUCAUGUAUGCAUUUUAAGAACCAAAGACACUACAGAUGGCCCAAAUGAGUAUGUCCUCAAAAUAAGCAACAGCGAGUCAAGCAAAACUCCAGACCUGAUUGAAGUGCAGAGUCAUAUCAUCAUAUUUCUGAGAGCAGCUGGAUUUCCAACGGCCUCCAUGUGUCGUACUAAAGGAGACAACUUAACCUCUCUCAUAUCAGUAGAUAGCGGCUCUGAAAUCAAAAGCUACUUGGUGAGGCUGCUGACUUAUCUGCCAGGAAGGCCUAUAGCUGAGAUUCCCUUCAGCCCCCAGCUAUUAUAUGAAAUUGGAAGAGUAGCUGCCAAGUUGGAUAAAACACUGGAGAAAUUCCAUCACCCAAAGUUAAGUAGUCUUCAUCGGGAGAACUUCAUCUGGAAUCUGAAAAAUGUUCCUCUUUUGGAGAAAUACCUGUAUGCCUUGGGCCAGAAUCGGAAUCGAGAGAUUGUCGAACAGGUUGUUCAGCUGUUCAAGGAUGAAGUAAUGACCAAAUUAAGUCAGUUUCGAGAAUCACCCCAAACCUUCUGUCUGGAGUUAUUUUAUUCCUGCCUGAAAUACAACCUUCUGAAUUUCCUUUAAUGCAGUUAUCUAAUGGUGAACUCUCUCUGAUUUUGUCUGAAAAUGUUUUUUAUUUUGUCUUCAUCCCUGAGGAGAUUUUCACAGCCUAUAGAACUUUAGAUUUCAUGGGUUUAGAAUUUUAGAAUUCCACUGUCUUCUAGCUUCCAUUGCUGCUAAGAGGCCAGCUGUCAGUCUGUUGCUUUUGUCUUUUUCUCCUUUGGGAUGCUUUUCAGAUGUUUUCUUAAAAUAUUUUUUUUUCUUGAUCUACUCAGGUUUCUCAAAUCUGUGUGUGUACAUGGUCUUUCACCAUUUAUGGAGAAUUCUUGCCUCUGCACCUUUCUCUCUUUCUUCUCCUUUUGAGACUCCAAUUAAGCUCAUGUUAGACCUUCUCACUGAAUCCUCUGUGUAUAUUACCUUCUCGCGCGUGCACGCGCACGCAUGUGUGUGUGUGUUAAUCUUUUUCUCUGCCCGUGCUGCAUUUUCAACAAUUUUCUAGUUUAUCGAUUCUCUCUUUAGCUAUGUCUAAUCUCUUAAACCCAACCAUUGUGUUUUUAAUUUUUUCAUUGUAUUUUUCAGUUUUAGAAGUUCUUCUUGAUUAUUUUUCUAGAGUAACUGCCUUGUGGCCAGAGAACAUACUCUAUAUCAGCACACAGGGAAAUAAGGUAUCAUGAGCAAGAACAAGAAACUGACUAUAGACACUGAACCAAAGACUUCAGUAACUCGAAUGAUCAGGCACAGAAUAUAGUCACACAGCAGCCUGGUUUGGCAUUUGGUUUUAAGGCUAUAUUUUUGUCCUUCCGCCUCCUUGGACCUGCAGUAGUCUAAACAGUGGGUUGUAGCAGAUUUUGUCAUCCUUUUAAGAGUUGGGAAACCCUCAUCACUGCCUCCAGCUUCAUGUGGUGAAUCUGUUUCCCAACAAGCAGGUAGCAUUUUAAGUUCCUUCUCCCAAAGGGGGAAAGCACACUGCUGAUCUGGAACACAAUAGACAAGCCUGUGGCUUUAUUCCUGCUCACUGCACUGCUUGUGCUUGGCAUUUCUAUUCUGUUUUUAGUGUAUAAAUCUAUCUUGGUUUUGAGGCUGGCUGUAUAUUUAUUGUUUUCUCUUUUUACUUUUAUCAUUGCUAUGUAUAUUGGGGUUAUCAAAGAAUGAAUUCACUCUGCCAACUGGAUCAGAACUCUUUCUUUUCUUUCGUUAAUUCUCAAAUUCAACAACUUUUGUCAUUUUAUUCCAAGCAUUGAGUAGCUGUAUCAUUUCUUAAUAGGCCAUUGGACAUGUGAAGAGAAGCAACAAAAAGAGAGAGGUCCUUGCAUAUACAGAUUGCAUUAGUGAAGUAACAUUUCAUUGAUUCUAAAAUGCCAUUUGACUUUACAAGAUAUCCAAUUACUUUAUGAACCUCUAGGAAGAAAAAAUAUUGCCAGUGAAACUAUGACAUGGCAUCAAUUGUAUGAUGAACCCCAAAAUCAGAAGCAUGUAGUUUACAGUAAUAUUCAUUGCUUUUACAGGCCACCAACUGUGCCAUAUCACUUAACGUGAAUGACACAAUACUAACUCAUAUAGAAGAAAUCAACAUUAUAUUUAGAAGCUAAUAUUGUGGACUUUAUAUCAUGUACUUAUUAUAAAGUACAUGUCUAACUGCUUCAGUAGGCGUGGACAUCCCCAUCUCCUCCUAAUCCUCAUUCAGAGGUUUAUUUAUUUAUUUAAUAAAUUUAUUUAUUUUUGGCUGCGUUGGGUAUUUGUUGCUGCACACGGGCUUUCUCUAGUUGCAGCGAGCAGGGGCUACUCAUCGUUGCAGUGGGUGGGCUUCUCAUUGUGGUGGCUUCUCUUGUUGUGGAGCACGAGCUCUAGGCGUGCAGGCUUCAGUAGUUGUGGCUCGCGAGCUCUAGAGCACAGGCUCAGUAGUUGUGGCACACGGACUUAGUUGCUACGUGGCAUGUGGGACCUUACUGGACCAGGGCUCGAACCUGUGUCCCCUGCAUUGGCAGGCGGAUUCUUAACCACUGCACCACCAGGGAAGUCCCCUCACUCAGUGGUUUAAAUCAGUGCUUCUCAAACUAUCCAUGGUAAAAGUUUGGGGUUUUCUCCCAACCCACUGCAGCCUGAUACAUGGCCCUACUAUUCAAGAUUAGUAAACGGCUCACACCACAUAUGACUUACCAUGCACAUUUGACAACACCCAAACUGGCCUAUACUGUUAAUGAGAUAAGGCCCCUGUCAUACUCUUUGAUGAAAAACCACUAUGAAAUUAUCUAAACAGUCUCAAUUUCUGUUUUUAUUUGAUGCAGACUAAUAACAGUUUGUGGGCCAGCACUAGCCACAGGCCCCCCACUUUGAGUGGUACUGUCUUAAAAUAACACCACCUAUUCCAGUAAUCAAAAGACUGGGGACAUUCGGAAUUACCUUGUCAUCAGAAAUUUCUUUUAGAAAUCCUAGGUUAAAAUAAAGGCACAUCUGGUUCAUUCUAGGACUCUUUGCUUCUGAUAAUAAUAUGAAUAUGCACACACACGUAGGGGUGUGUGUGUGUGUAUGUGUGUGUGUAUACAGUUCUUUUCCCUUUACUUGGCUCAUAGCCAAAAUCAGGUGUUCACAAUGACUACAGUCUCCAUCUUCUGGCCUUGUGUUGAUGAGAAGCAAAAGCAAAAACAACCACCGAAAUUAACUGCUUUUUCCUUUUCAGAGGAAAUUAUUUUAUUUCUAGAAAAUGAGGGAUUAGCUCUUUAUCUCUGACUGCUUAUCAAAUUUCUGAAUGUCCAUACCUGAGGAAGAGAAAUGGAAAGAGAAUGAACUAGGGUAUUGAACAACUGUUUUUACUUGGCUUGAUUUUUCUCC